GCCCGGAUGUUUAAUGUUAAUGUAUUUAGGGAGCAAAGUGCGUCAUUUAGGGUCAAUCCGUAUAGGCUCUAAUAUUUUUUUAAUUGAAUUAAUUUUUUAACUUUGUGUUAUAAAUUACCUGAUAACUUUGGGAGACACGCCACCGGAAGCGCUUAAGUUGUGUCAGUUUGGUUGAAAUCUUUGGUACCAGUCCGGGACAGUUCAAAGUGCGUGAUGCCAGUGAACGGAGGGGGCCUGCUCUCUUUGAGCAGAUACGCGACUCAGUAUUUCACCAACCCGGUCAUGGAGGAGACCGUGUGGGAGCAGUACACGGUGACCCUGCACAGAGAUCCAAAGAUGGGUUUUGGAAUUGCUGUGUCUGGAGGUCGGGACAACCCGAACGAGGAGACCGGUGAGACGUCCAUCGUGGUGUCCGACGUCCUGCAGGGAGGGCCUGCUGAUGGAUUGCUGUUUGAGAAGGACAGAGUAAUGCAGGUGAACGCCGUCCCCAUGGAUGGAGCCAUCCAUUCCUUCGCGGUCCAGACCCUCAGGAAGUGUGGCAAAGUGGCAAAAAUUACUGUGAAGAGGCCCAGGAAGGUUCCCGUCAACCUGCUGAACCGCCCUGCUUCCCCUGACGACAGAGUCUUCAACAAUGACUACAACGACGAUUACAACUACGAGCAGGACCACCGCAGCGUGUACAGCGCCCGCAGCGGUGGGCGCGACCACAGCCUGGAGAAGGAGCAAGGCGGGGGAGGCUACAUGGAUUCUGGCUACCAAACCCGCGAGCGUGACUACGACCGGCAGGAGCGCGGCAGGAGCACAGAGAGAGACCUCAGCCCAGACCGGCAGUACAGAAGAGACGGCAGCAGAGGUCGCGUUCUGGACAAAGAGCGCAGCCCCGAUCGCCGCUACAGAAGCGACCAGAUGCUCGACCGCUACAGCCCAGACAGAAGAUACCGCAGCGAGCGAAUCCUGGACCGGGAGUACAGUCCCGACCGCCGCUACCGCAGCGAGCGAACCCUGGACCGAGAUUACAGCCCCGACCGCCGCUACCGCAGUGAGAGAGUGCUGGAUCGUGGCCACAGCCCCGAGCUGCGCUAUGGCCGAGACGGCUACAGCCCGGGGCGAGCCCACGGACGCGACCACAGCUUGGAACGUGGGCGUGAACGCGCUCCAAGCGACCUGAGGAAGUAUGACGAUCCGGUAAAGAGGAGCGGAAGCAGGGACCACCUUGACCGAUCACCAUCACCUGCUCCCAUUCCUCUGCCCCGCCCCGCACGGGACCUGGAGCCUCUGGAGAAACCUCUGAACGUGCUGCUGCUGAAGAACCAUCCCAACGAAGAAUAUGGCCUUCGUCUGGGCAGCCAGCUCUUCAUCAAAGAGAUGACGAGCACCGGCCUUGCUGGUAGAGACGGCAACCUGCAGGAGGGGGACAUCAUACUGAAGAUCAACGGCACGGUGACUGAAAACCUGUCUCUGAGCGACGCGGGGAAGCUGAUCGAGAAGUCCCGCGGGAGGCUGCAGCUGGUAGUGCAGAGAGACAAGCGGCAGGUGCUGAUCCGAGUCCCGCCGAUGGUGGACAGCGACUCGGAGCUCGAUGAUAUCUCUGAGAUCGAGUCGUACCGCUCUUACUCUCCACAGGACGACAGACGGGGGCACCACUCCGACCUCUCCUCCCACUCCUCCACCGAGAGGCUGAGAGACAAACCCAGAGAGGAGCCAUCUAAUAGGCUGGCGAAAAUGGGCGCCAUGCCCACGCCGUUCAGAGGUUCAGACAGGCUUGUUGAAGACUCGUCGACUUUGCAGGCGGAGCGGGAGGAGCAUCGAUCAGAGACGCCACCUGCUGCAGCCGUCACUGUGGCCCCGAAGGUUCACGCUCCUCCGAAGGUGCCACUGAAGCCCAGCAAAGAGGACCAGGAAGUAUACGGGCCCAACACGGUGAUGGUGCGCUUCAAGAAAGGUGACAGUGUUGGUCUGAGGCUAGCUGGAGGAAACGAUGUUGGCAUCUUCAUCGCUGGUGUUCAGGAGGACAGCGCAGCCGAGCAGGAGGGUCUCUGCACAGGAGAUCAGAUCAUGAAGGUGAACAACGUGGACUUCAGAGGCAUGGUGCGGGAAGACGCCGUCCUCUUCUUGCUGGAAAUCCCAAAAGGAGACGAUGUUACCAUUCUUGCUCAGAGCAAACCUGAAGUGUACAAAGACAUUUUAGCUUCCGGCAGAGGCGACUCGUUCUUCAUCAGGACCCACUUCGAUUACGAGAAGGAGGCUCCUCAGAGCCUUCCUUUCUCCAGGGGCCAGAUCUUCAAAGUGACCGACACGCUUUAUGAUGGCAAGCUGGGCCACUGGCUGGCGAUCCGGACGGACAAAGACAACCAGCUGCUGGAAAAGGGAAUCAUCCCCAACAAGAGCAGAGCCGAACAAAUGGCCAACGUCCAGAACGCCGCUCGGGUUGCGUCAGGAAACGACAGAGGAGACUUCUGGAGGCUGAGAGGUCAGAGAGCCAUGAAGAAGAAAGACUUGCGUAAGAGCCGAGAGGAUCUGAGCGCCGCUCCAGUCACCACCCGAUUCCCCGCCUACGAGAGGGUGGUGUUGCGUGAAGCUGGUUUCAGGAGACCUGUGGUGAUAUUUGGGCCAAUUUCCGAUGCAGUGAAUGAAAAAUUGUCCUCUGAUCUUCCAGACGAAUUUGUUACUGCCAAAACGGAGCCUAAAGACGCAGGAAGUGAGAAAAGCUCCGGCGUGGUGAGACUAAACACAAUCCGACAGAUCAUCGAACAGCACCGCCAUGCUCUGCUGGAUGUGACUCCCAAAGCCGUAGACACCCUGAACUACACCCAGUGGUAUCCCAUAGUCAUAUUCCUGAACCCUGACAGCAAACAAGGGGUCAAGACCAUGAGGACCCGCCUCGUUCCAGGAUCCACCCGAAGCGCACGCAAGCUGUACGAGCAGGCCGUCAAGCUGAGGAAGACCUGCUCUCACCUUUUCACAGCAACCAUCGAUCUGAAUUCGGCCAAUGACGCGUGGUAUGGCAGCGUGAAAGAGUCGAUCCAGGAGCAGCAGGGCAGAGCUGUGUGGGUGUCUGAGGGCAAGGUGGACGGCUCAGAGGAGGACUUGGAUCUCCAAGAUGACCACAUGUCUUACCUGUCUGCAAUGAGUGCCGACUACCUCAGCAUGGACAGCCGUCUGACCAGCGACUACGAGGACACGGCGGACGAGGGCGGGGCAUACACUGACAACGAGCUGGAUGAGACGCUGGACGAGCCUCAGCCGGUAUCAGCCAUUAGUCGAUCAUCGGAGCCCGUGAUGCCGGACGAGAGGUCCCACCCUGUACCCCAGGUUCGUAUAAGGAGGUCAGGGAGCAGAGAGAUGCUCAACAGAGAGCCCAGCCCUCCCCCUUCUUUUGUCCCUGAACCCCCAAAGGUGCGCGCUCAGACUCGGACUGACUCAACAAGGAGCUAUGAGUCGCACUCCAGCAGCACCAUCAGCAGCGACGCAGCAGGCGGAAACAAGCCUCUUCCCCCACCAGUAGCCAUGAAGCCCGCCAUCACCCGUCUGGCCCAGUCAUCAGAUGACCACAGCCCAGGGAAGGAGGGCGAGGAAGACGACCCCGCUAACAAAUCCUUCCUGGGCAAGAGAAUGGGUAAUCAGAUUAAAGCGUUCGAGAAGAUGGACCACCUGGCGCGAGCUCAGAGGCUGCUGGAGCUGCAGGAGGCUGAAAAUGCUCGACUGGAAAUUGCCCAGAAGCAUCCAGACAUCUACGCCGUCCCAGUAAAACUGCCAAAACCCAACCUCAACCGCCCUCAGCCAAUCGGUUCAAGCUCCAACGCCGAGCCACAGACUAUGUCCAGGCCGCUGUACUCGGAGACGAGAGGACAGGAGGACAGCGAGGCCGAUUACCGCCGCCAGCUGGCAGAACAGACCAAGAGAGGAUACUACAACCCUCAGAAAUACAAAGAUACUGAGCUGUAAAGCUCCCAAACCAGGAAGUGAUGGCAUCACCCUCAUUCUCCUGUAAUGUUGUUACAAGCAGACAGUGCCCAUCACCAUGGUUACAGCUUUGGCUGCUUUUGGGUUAAUGUUAAACCCUCAGAACUCUUGAUUUGUUCUCACAUUUCCUGCCAUGGCGUCAGUUUCAACUCUGAUUUCACACUUUUCAAACUGUCGUCUUACUUAAUAUUGUAUAGACACACACACAAACAGCUAUGUCCUAAAGGAAAAAUAGCUGAUUUCUCUUCCAGAUGUUCUUUUUUUUUUAUUACUAUUAUUUAACACAAGUGACGUUCCGAUGUACAUAUUCUGUUUUUGUCUCUGAGGUUUUAGUUUUCCUCCAUUACACUUCGGGCCACGUUUGACCCUCAUGCAUUACCAUUAAAAUUAAAGAGGGGGGCAUCCAUCAAAACCUCUCUUAAUAAGCCCAACGGUGUUGUUGGGAAGCACAUUGUUUAGGUUUAAAUGUAUUUCCAGAACCCAAAAAGAUAAAUUUCAUCCUCUAAGUUCGUUUUAAGACAUUUCUUAACUCAGUAGCAUCUAAGUUCGUGCUGGACUGACGGCUUUCCAGGUGGCUCAUCCUGUCCGCAUCAUCUUGACAAAUCAAAGCUACAUAUGUAGUCUUAUUCUAUUUAUUAUAGGUCAACCAGGGGAAUCUGUACCAUUUUUUUUUUUUUUUUUUGCUAUUGUUGGCCAAAAACUCCAACUAAACUACUUUUCAAUCAAAGUCAUUAAGCAAUUUGAAGUAGAAAAGACAUUUGACCUUCACUCUUGAGUCCUUUUAACUUUCUCAGUCACAGCUCACCCGUAACUUCGGGUCAUGAUUACGAGUAUUCACCAGUUAUGGUCACCGAAAGCAUAUGAUAAUAAUGAAAUCCCAGUAUGAACACAAAAACCUACGACCAAACUAAUUCAUCUUUUGAGUUAUGAUCAAAGUAGGCUAACUCAGGUCUCCACUCAGUAAUGAUUUUAUCAGCUGAGAUAAAAUAACAUUAUUAGUGUGUAUGCAAGUGGCACGUUAUCAGUAUUUAAUUUGAGUAUUCUGAUUAUUGCCAAUCAGCGAUAUAAUGUGACAAAACUGCAAACAUGAUAAAAUGUCAAGUCUCCAAUAAAUAAUGUUUAAAUUUAUCAGCUGAAAUAACGAUGAUAUUGCGAUUAACUUGAUAUCAAUAUAUUUUAUUUACCUUCGCAAUUAUCGUUUAUAUAUCAUUAAUAUAUUGUGACAAAACUGCUGUAUGAUAAAAUGUUAUAUUACCACUCAGUAAUAUUUAGAUCUUACCAGCUGAGAUUAAAUGAUGAUAUUAUUGCACAUGCCUUCAACACGAUAGUUAUUCUUAGUUUACUGUCGUGAUUAUCGUAGCCGCUGAUAUAUCGUGAGAAAGUUGUAAAGAUUCUUUUCCUGUAAGAUUAAAUGUCAGGUUUCCACUCAGCUGAGAACAAAAAACACCUGCAGUCAGCACAAUAUUGAAAUUUAAUUUAAUACUGUGAUAAUCAUUGAUGCUGAUAUAUUGUGACAAAACUGAGGUUUUGUAUAAGUUAAGUUGUGGUUUAGCUACAGUUACCAUGACAACAGGCAGUAAAAAGAUCCCAGCUAAAAGCUGGCUGCCACAGCUCGGGCAGAUUCAGCUCCAUGCUCACAAGACGUAUGAAGAACGUUUAUUAAUUCAGAUUUCUAUAACCGUUUUAAAUUCUAAAUAUCCCAAUAAAUAUAAUGAUUCCCAGUGUUUGGGAAACUCCUCCGAAAAUGCUCUGCCCCCUCAUCAAAAUAUAAUAAAGGUCGAAACUGAUGCUACUUUCUAACACCUGAAUCACGUAGAAAUGUUUUGCGUCGGGAGUUAACCAACUCCUGUCUCUGAAAUACGACACGCCUCCACAUUCCACACCAGACAACCCGAAUCCACAGUGCACUGUUUAUAUAAAAGAUGUGUGUUAUCUGGGAAACAGCGUAUUGUCAAGUGCCUUGUAGCGCUCAUAUCAGCUUAGGAUACAAGACGCGGCUUAUCUAAAAGAUCCGAAGCUAACUGGAAAACGGUUUUGUAAACAAACCAAACGUUGGGUAAUAACUAAGAAUGCUAAUUUUUGCUGUUACUUUUCUUUUGAGUUCAUGAUAUUGGAGUUUAAAGACAACGUUCUUCCAAAAAACUCCAACUAACUACAAAGUCUUAAGCAUCUCUAAAUUAAAGUCAUGAUUUCCUGAAAAGUUAUAAAUGGGAGGAGGAUUUUGCAGUGUGAGUUUUGAGGUGGAUUUAAAUGGUGCAGCACAGUAUGCUUGUCUGUAUUAGCUGCUUUCAACCAGAGACAAUCACAUUUUUAUUGCUUAUAUUUUUAUACUGAACACACCCACUUUAGUCAGGUCUUUGUACACCAGAGUUUUGGGAAUGUGGUGACAAUCAUGUUGGUUUGUCUGUCUUAAUAUCUAGUAGUUUGUGAUUUCUAUUUUUUAGUUUGUGAUCUGAGUGUUUCACAGCUCACUGUUGGAAAAUUCUAAUAAAUCUCUUUUUACACUCUG